AUGUAACCUCCCUCCCCUAAGCAAGGCAUACAGCAAGGAUGUAGGAUCAAAAACUCAACUGGUAACAGCGAAUCCAAGCAUAAUUAAUAAAAGGUUCCAGAACCUUCUUUGGUCCCGAAAAGCAUUCGUGGACAAGGUUAAAGUCUACAACCAGAGCUACAUCUACAUGCCGGCUUUCUCCAUGAAAGCAGGGACCGAGCCUUCCCUCCGAGUCUACUACACCCUCACCGACGUCGGAGCCAAGCAAAAGGUCAUCUUCGCCAACCCUAACUUCCUACGGGACAGCGGCAAGUUUUGGAAAAGCAAAGGGAUUCACGCCAAACGGCUUUCCACCGGCCUCUUCUUGGUCAGCGCGGCUCUCGGUCUCUGCGAAGAAGUGACGAUUUACGGUUUCUGGCCUUUUUCAACGGACCUCCAUAGGCGGUAUAUUAGCCAUCAUUACUACGACAACGUUUUGCCAGAUUCCGGCUUCCAUGCCAUGCCGGAGGAGUUCUUACAGCUGUGGUUUCUCCACAAGAGAGGGGUUUUACGAAUGCAGCUGGAGCAUUGCGAAGACUCUUGA